GUCAGUCACCAGAUGAGACGGCACGCAUUCACAACCACAGCGCCUGCUUCGCCGCGCCGACCCCCUCGAGCCCUCGCGCGACGAUGCCAACAGGCCUCCGCAGCCUGCCCAGUCUGAUCGCCGAGAGUGCUCCCACUGCCCCCGCAACUGAUCUCGUCGCGUCGGCCUUCCCCACCCUCUCCCCACUGUUCCAGGUGGGCUCGGUGCAGCUUGCACCAGCACCACAACGACCUCGUUCAUGAAUCCCGCGCCCGCAACCGCCUCUGCGAUUGCGCCCCAACCUCGGCCCAUUCGCUUUGUGACCAACCACGAGGGCCCCUACGCGAAGCGCCGCAGGAUCAACUCGGCCUGUUUGACCUGCCGGCGCAAGAAGACGCGAUGCUCUGGCGAACGGCCCAUCUGCGGGACAUGCGCCCAGAACAAACACCAGUGUGCCGGUUAUGGCGAUGAUGCGAGCCCGACCGAAGUGGCCAAGGAUGGGAAGAAGGUCGCGCGCAGGGAAAGCACGUCCAACGCUGCUCCUGCCCUCAAGAUCAAACAGGAAGCCGCGCCACAGCAGCCCUCCCGACCCCAGCUUUCUCACGCGUCCUCAACGCCGUCCUACAACUCGGAUUUCUCGCCGCCCCGUCGCCCGCGUCGCCACGAUGAAGAGCACAACAACACCGCCUUGACGCUGAGCACGCGCAAUCGUAUGCCAUAUUUCCGUUACUUUGGUCCCACGGCCAUCAUGCCCGGCUUCAAGCAGAUGGUCGUCAAGGUGAGAGGCAAGCAGCACGGCACCGGCCACACAACCUCAGACCCAGUGGAGUCUUCGCCGGGGAUGCCCUCAGUCGGCUCGCCACCGCCGGCUGAAUCCCGGACGCCAACUGAGAUACCCGUAUAUGACACCUCUUCCAUGUCUCCCAGUCCACUCAUCACCCAUCUGUGCAAGACCUUCUUCGCCCACCUUGGUUGUAACUUUCCCUUUCUCCAGAAGGACCGUUUCAUGCGUGACCUCGAGGAAAAGCAAGUCGACGCUAUUCUUGUAGAUGCUGUUUGUGCGCUUGCAGCGCGAUUUUCCAACAACCCGCUAUUGACUGGAGGCUCUGGAGCAAUGAGAGAUGAACACGAGCCAUCCAAGAUCCAUCCUCCAGAAUAUGGGCAAGCCUUUGCACAACGUGCCAAGUCUGCUAUACCUGAUACCUUCUCUUGCCCCAAUGUUGCAGUUGUUCAAGCUGCCGUACUCUUGGCCUACGACGAAUUCGGUGCGAAUCGCGACAGUGGAUUGUGGAUGUAUCUCGGUAUCGCCAUCCGAAUGGCUCAAGACUUAGGAAUGCAGACUCUUCAGGGACUCAAGUACGAAGGACGUGAAGGCCCAACACCAAAGUCCGUUAGGACCGACCCCACUGUGACUCGUGGCUCAUCUCAGCACAUUUCGGAAGCCCGCCGCAAAGAGAGUACUGUGCCCGAAGAGCAGGAGCAGCGUGCUGUUGAACAAGAGCGACUGGAUACGUUUUGGGCCAUAUUCUUCCUGGACCGAGUUGUCUCGUCUGGAACUGGGCGCCCUGUCACUUUGCGAGAUCGGGACAUUGAGAUUUCGUUUCCUUCUCUCAACGAAGUAGAUCCAACAUCGGGUUGGCCCUUACCGUUCCCGGCUCUGAUACGCAUCGUGCAUCUAUACGGCAGGGUUACAGAUGUGUUGAACAGUAUCAAAGAUCGAUCGGAUAUCACCUCAGACCUUCGGUCUCAGCUCGACACGAUGGAGUACCACUUGACGGACAUCUAUCAAAAUCUGUCGCCCAGACUUCACUUCAACGCUCUGAAUUUCCAGCACUAUGUGAAGCUGAAUCAAGGAACCAACUUUCUUCUUCUUCACUGUUGGUUCCACACUUGCAUUGUUCUGCUGCACCAACCGACCUUGUUGAAGACUUUUGAGGGCAAUGCACAGCCCCUUUCCUCAAACAGCAGGGAUUUGUCAAUGUCUUCAGCAAAGACUGUGGCUGACAUUCUCUCUUUUACGGAUCUAAUCGACACCAAGACUGGCGUCGGGAACCCAUUCACCAGUCAACCCAUAUACAUCGCUGCCUGUGCUUUCCUCAAGGAGACUGCUCUGCACUCAGCCAGCUCACAUCCAUCUUCUCGUCCUCUUACCCCCAGCGCGGCUGAGGCCAAAAACCCUUUCGAGUCUAAGGUCAUCUCACUGGAUCACAUGAGCUUCGACAAGCCGCUGGUCCCGAAUGGCAAUGCGCAAACGAUCAAGCGCGAGCAGAGUCAGGCCGCUAAGCAUACGUUACUUGCGUCCGCGGCUAAUCAGAACUACCAAUGUUGCUAUCGUGCUAUGCAAUCGCUCGAGACCUACUGGGCAGGCGUCAAAUACAUCCUUACCGUUCUGGACCAGAAAGCCAAGGGUGUUGGUGACCCUUUGCUUUACACAAGAGAGGAAAUGGAAAGUGCCCUGGAAGCACCCAGACCAGAACCCUCCUUUACGAGCCCAGGCUGGCGACGUAAGCUGAGCUGGGGAACUUAUCUGACAACGCAAAACAUAGAUGUGGAUGCCGUCAAGGUCUCAGCUGCGAUACGGAAGGGGGCCAGGACUCCCAUAUCUGGGUCUCCCAUGAACACCAGUCAAGCGAUCGGCUGGUCACUAACAGGCACUAUGAACUCACCCUCUACGAAUGUGGCCGUCAUGUAUACUUCAGAGAACGGCAAGACUCGCGACGGCAGACCGUUGCAGCCAAAGCCGACACCCGUUGCAAAUGGCCGACCACCCUUUACAUCCACGUUGUCGAGUGAUGCUACCAAGUUCGAGCCGACUCCAUUGAAACAUUCUGCGCCGUUCUUCUCCUUUGACUCGAGCGCAAUGCCGCCACCGCCAGCCACCAACAUCAACACAGCCUCGGCAUCAGACCCUGUUCUAGUCUCAGAUGCCGAUCUCCUCCUCAACCUGCAUUCUCCGUACUCAGCGUCUUCGCCAAACAGUUCUCGCCUUCCUGUGCAACCGACGUCAUUUACUCGGAGCUCCAUGUCUAUACCGACGAACAGCACUCUCUCCCCUCAACAACAGCAAGCCUCACAAGUAAACUUCUCGCCGAAUUUUGCGACGUUCGCUCCCCCAGUGGAUCAAACAUUUAGUGACAUGGUGAUCGACUCACAAGAGGUGGACAUGUCUGUGCUCGGCGCCGACAUGAUGCCGUGGGAUCUCGAAUAUCUGCCUCAUGACAUGUUGUAUUUCGGUGAGAACGGGUUUGGCUUGGGCCUUCCUGAUGAUCCAGGCACUGAAGCGCCCGAAGGUUGAUGCCUUCAAGUUCAUUGUGUAUACUUUUCCUCUUGCACUUGUGCGACACUGGAGUUCCGGGAUAUGUGGGAUGGGCUGGCUUCUGGGUUUUUGCAUAAAGAUACCUCUUUGUUUCGCCACGGGUUUGGCCGGGAAUUUGCACAUGUACAUUCAAGAGGGUUGCUCUUCGGUUUGCAGAUGUAUCUAUUCGAUUUUGCUGCUUAUUCCACGCAUCUCAGGGUCGGUCGUGGAAUCAGAGGCUACCGACCUGCGCACCCAGAUCAGUCAGAUCUUGUGGUAUGCCACUCCAGCAUCUCACUCCGCUUAAGUGGAGAUAAUCCUCGACUUCUCUAGCUCGCC